AUGGUUUACAGAUUGCCGCCCGAUCACUACUUGAAUUGGGAUCGGCGCAUGGAGAACGGCGAGCACCGGAAGGAGAUGCGAAUGACGCAGGGGGACAUUGUUGAGGUUGAAAUGAGCGACCACGAAGAAGAGAUGUCGGAAGGACUCUCGGAAAAGGAUGGCCUUGAAACGAUGGACACCGAGCUACAGAUGGAGCGUGUGAAUAGCACAGCUCAGAACCCUCAAUAUUCGGCUGAAGAGGAAAACGACCCCGAGGACUCAUAUCGACCCGAAGGAUUGCUAGAGCUAGAGAUCGAUAAAUUUAGUGACUUUGCUCGUGGACCAGCUGAUGUACAACAACGACUUUCGAAACCGAUAUUUGUGAGAGGACUUCCAUGGAAAAUUCUUGCCAUACCACGGGAUCAAUCACGAUGCUCUGGAGGUCGCACAAACAAGGCCCUAGGAUUUUUUUUACAAUGCAACGGAGAUUCGGAAAUGGUUGCCUGGAAUUGUAUAGCGACGGCUACUUUGAAGGUCGUGAAUCAAUGCGGAGGUGAAUCCCAUGUGCGCCGGAUCUCGCACACUUUUUAUCCAAAGGAGAACGAUUGGGGCUACUCGCAGUUCAUGAGCUGUGAUCAACUACUGAAUCCAGAUAACGGGUAUAUUUUGAAUGACACAAUCAAGCUCGAAGUAAUCGUUUCUGCCGAUGCCCCUCACGGAGUCCAAUGGGAUUCGAAAAAACAUGCGGGUUAUAUUGGUUUAAAGAAUCAGGGUGCAACUUGCUAUAUGAACUCAUUACUUCAAGCGUUUUUCUUCACAAAUCAACUGCGAAAAGCUGUUUAUGAAAUGCCAACCGAAGAAGAUGACUCAGAAUCCUCAGUAGCUCUUGCAAUGCAACGAGUAUUUUAUGACCUCCAAUAUUCUGACAAACCGGUUGGGACGAAGAAACUUACGAAAAGUUUUGGAUGGGAUUCACUCGAUUCAUUUCUUCAACACGACGUUCAAGAACUGUGCCGCGUGUUGCUGGAUAACUUGGAAAGCAAGAUGAAAGGCACAAAGGUCGAGGGCACCAUUCCACAACUUUUCCGUGGCAAGAUGAAAUCUUUCAUUCGCUGCAUCAACGUUGACUACGAGAGCUCGCAUGUGGAUGACUUUUACGAUGUGCAAUUGAAUGUCAAAGGAAACAAUGACAUCUUGCAAUCAUUCCGUGAUUAUGUGGACUCGGAGAGAUUGGACGGUGAGAACAAGUAUGAUGCUGGCGCUUACGGAUUGCAACCUGCAGAGAAAGGAGUCAAAUUCUUGACCUUUCCACCAAUUCUACAUCUUCAGCUCAUGAGGUUUCAAUACGACGCGGCCAUUGAUGCAAAUGUGAAAAUAAAUGAUCGACUUGAAUUCCCGGAACGCCUGAAUCUCAACGAUUUUGUGGACAACCGAAGCGAAGACAACGAUUUUACCUAUGUGCUCCAUGCCGUUCUUGUUCACUCCGGCGAUUUUCAUGGCGGGCAUUACGUGGUCUUCAUCAACACUAAGCUCAAUCAGCCUCAUUCCUGUUGGUGCAAAUUUGACGACGAUGUGGUCUCGCGAUCAUCUUUCAAAGACGCCGUCACAGCAAAUUAUGGAGGAGAAGAUUUGGAGACGCCCGGGCGAAUUUACACCAACGCUUACAUGCUUGUAUACAUUCGGCAAUCAUGCUUAGACGAGGUCCUUUCGACGAUCAACGAUAACGACAUCCCAAUUCAUCUUCGACAAAGAUUUGAGGCCGAACGGAAUGAGGAGGCUUAUCGCAAGAAGGAGAAACAAGAGGCUCAUUUGUUCACGGAGAUCAUGUUGAUCCGAGAAGAGAAAUUUCAAAAUCAUCACGGCUUUGACCUUUUCGAUGUACGACUUCUUGAAGACGAGUGCCAGAAAGAAAAGGUAAAGAAAAAGAUGAACUUGGAAGAGCUUUACCAAUUUGUGGCAAGUCGGGUUUUUGGUGCGGAAGGGGAAAAUAGACUUCGAAUGGAUUUCCGUUUGUGGCUUUUCACUGACAAUCCGCCGCGCGAAGAGACUGGCGUUAGCUUGGCAAGGAUGAGGCCAUCGACAUUGAUUACACGAGAUCGAAACAAAUUGCUCGAGGACACCUUUGACAGCGAUAGGAAUUUGAUAUUUGUGGAGACUCCAACACUGUCCAAUAUUGGAAAACGUCUUUCCCUACAACAAUAUGAUGACAAAAACGAAAUGUUGAUGUUCAUAAAGCUCUAUCAGCCUCGCUUGAGAACACUAACAUUUUUGGGUCACAUCAUGAUGAAUUUCAGGGAGCCUUUGGCCAAAUAUUCUCGUCUAAUUUGUGAAAUGGGUGAACUUCCCCAGGAUGCCCGUCUUUCGUUUUACGAGGAAAUAUCUCCGGAUCGGGUACGAUUGGUGACAGAUGUUUCCAUUCAAAUGUGCCAUGAACAAGUACUUCUCGAAAUCUCUGAUGGCGGAAUUCUUAUCGUUCAAAACGAUAACGAAGCCGAUACUUACAACAGCGUGGCGUUGCACAUGUCCGAGUUGUACAACAACAUCGAAGUGGAAAUCUCUCAACAUACGGAGUCGGCACAAUUUGUCUUCCAUCAAAACGACAUCACUCCACCAAUCAAUGGAACCAUCCAUCUAAAUUGGGGAAUGUACGAUUUGUGUACCUGGAUUGGACAAAGGAUUGAUUUUGACCCGCACAAGAUUUUGCUUUGGAAGAUGUCAUCCUACAACGAGAAGCCAAGCUCAUAUCUUCAAGAGCCACAAUAUCGAGCUUAUAAGGUGAAAGAUCUACUGUCACUAACUGGAAAUAGCGUUCAUGAUCCAAGGAGACAGAAAAGGUAUCGUCUUGUGUACACCAAAAUGCCAGUACCGGUGGCUGAUCUCGAAAAUCGGAAGCAAAUAAAGGUUCAAAUGAUGGACGAAAAAUUGAAUAUCACAGAGAUCACUUUGUUCCCACCCAAGAAUGGAAGUGUUGCCGAUUUAUUGGAUGAAGCAAGACGAGAAUUCAAAUGUGCCGAGAACGGAACGGGCAUUCUGAGACUUGUCUAUGUCGGUCUUUCUCCCAACAGCACACGUGUUUAUUCCGUCUUCGAAAAUCAUAUUAAAGUGCAAGAGGUUCAUCAGAAAAUUGUCAGCUCUACAAUGUACACGGCUCGAGUGGAAGAGAUACCGAAAGAUCAGUUGAAGAUUGGAUCCAAUGAGCAUUUGUUACCAGUAGCUCACUUUGACAAAGAGCCUUCAAGAAUGUUUGGAGUGCCUUUCUUGUUCAAGGUUACCGAUAAGGAACCUUUCACUGAAGUGCAUGAACGACUACGACAAGUUCUUGAUGUUCCUGAGAAAGAAUAUGAAAAGUAUAAAUUCGCCUUGAUUGUGCAAAGCAAGAUUGCGCGUCAAUUGGAUAUGAAGGAAGAGGGUCGAUUUGUGAAUCUCUCCGAGAUGCGGGUAGCUUCUCAAACUCACACGAUGAGCUCUGUUGCGACAAUGCCACUUUUGGGAAUUGAUCAUCUGAACAAGUCUCGAGGGGCACGAACUGGGCAUGCAACGGAGAAACCGAUCAUUAUUCAUAAC